GGCAGAUCUCACACACCCUCAGAGGAGUCGGCCAGAGAACUUCACAACUUAAUUUCUUGGUUUUCUAAAAAGGGUCUUACAAUCUUAUUUCUCCUGCCCAGCAGGAAAGGAUUAAGAAAACAAAGGUUGAAAUCAACUGCUUCAACUUUCCAGUAUAAAAAGAGGAAGUUUUCAGGAAAAUCCUGAUUCUCAACAAAAAGCAAAACUGGAAAAGGAUCAGAUCUGUUCUGCCUACAUCUGAAUUUCCUCACAAUUGCUUUCCAGGACAAUACUCUUGCAAAGUUUCAAGAAAAGACAACUAAUUUAACAGCUUGAGGUCAAAGUACCUCAUGAAGAACUAUUUUAAGUUGCUGAUAUAAAAAGUAAAAACAGCAAGCUUGAAAUGAGUGAAAAAGUAAAGCUACCUGAAAUGACCAACAACUGGACCAAAGAGCAUGUGAAACAAUGGGUAACCGAAGACCUUAAGGUUGAUGAGAGAUAUGGGCAGAUUCUGCUCAAUGAAGAAGUAACUGGAUUAGUCCUGCAGGAAUUAACUGAGAUGGACCUUAGAGAAAUGGGGCUACCACGGGGUCCAGCACUUGUGAUAAAACGUAAAUAUGACAAACUGAAUAACAUGUACCUUGAAAGUAACAAUCAGGAUUCUGGACAAUUAGAUCAUACAAAACCAUCCCAAGAAGAACACCCAAAAAAGCCACAACAGACGAAAAAGGAAGAUGAGAAAACAGUGUUAUCCAAUUUUAAUCAUGAUCUCAGAGAGACCAGAGAUACCAAAAACCAAGAAUCAAUUCUUACAAAAGAAGAUGCAUUAGAUGAAGGCAAAACCACGGAAGACCAAAAUGAGGAUAAGCUAAAAACUGAACAGUUGACUUGUAUGCCAUAUCCUUUUGAUCAGUUCCAUAAUAGCCAGCGUUACAUAGAACAUAGUAUUCUACAACCUGAAACUGGCCCACUCAAUCUCAUAGACCCAACACAUGAAUUCAAAGCCCUUACUAAUACAGAAGCAGCCACGGAAAAGGACAUUAAGAUGAAAUUUAGCAAUGAAGUCUUCCGAUUUGCAUCAGCUUGUAUGAAUUCACGCACCAAUGGCACCAUUCAUUUUGGAGUCAAGAACAAACCCCAUGGACAAAUCGUUGGUGUGAAAGUCACCAGUAAAGAUGCCUUCAUUGACCACUUCAAUAAUACGAUCAGACAGUACUUUGAAGCUGAGGUCAAUGUAGCCAAGUCGUGCAUUCGGGAACCAAGGUUUGUGGACGUUUUACUGCAGAACAAUACACCAUCUGAUAGAUUUGUCAUAGAAGUAGAUGUUAUUCCAAAACACUCCGUAUGUGAAGAAAAGUAUUUCUUAAUCAGGAUGCAAAGUUGUAAAAAUGAAACGUGGAAACCAAACCAAGAUCUUUCACUGUUUGUGAGAGAUGGGGCCAGCUCUAAGGAUAUCCUGGCCAAUGUCAAGCAACGGGAUAUAGCUUACAAAGAAUUUUUACAAAAUCUAAAGUCCCUAACAGCAUCUAGAAAAGAAGCUGAAGAAGAAUAUGAGGUGAAAGCAAAAAAGAAGGAGAGUGAAGGACAAAAGCUUGUCAAACUUCUCAUAGGCAACCGAGAUUCACUGGAUAAUUCAUACUAUAGCUGGUACAUUCUUGUAACAAAUAAAUGCCAUCCAAACCAAACAAAUAACUUAGAUUUUCUAAAGGAAAUGAAAUGGUUUGCUGUGUUGGAGUUUGAUCCUGAAUCUGUGAGCAAGGGGGUGGCCAAAGCUUACAAAAAAAGCCGAGUUGCAAAUCUUCACUUUCCAAAUCAAUUUGAAGAAAAGACAAAUAACAUAAGGGAGAAAAUUUCUAGUUUGAAUCUUUACCAGCAGCCCAGCUGGAUCUUCUGCAAUGGCAGAUCAGACUUGAAAAAUGAGAGCCAUAAGCCUCUAGAGCCACACUUAUGGCAUAGAGAAAGAGCUUCUGAGGUCAGGAAGCUGAUUUUAUUUCUCACAGAUGAAAAUAUAAUGACAAGAGGGAAAUUUCUGGUAGUGUUUCUAUUACUCUCUCCAGUGGAAAGCCCAGGAGAUCCCAUCAUUGAAACUUUCUGUGCUUUCUACCAAGCUCUCAAAGGAAUGGAAAAUAUACUAUGUAUCUGUGUAAACUCACAGAUUUAUCAACGAUGGAAAGAUCUGCUACAAACAAGACUGACAAUGGCAGAUGAAUUAACAAACCACAGUAUUUCCACUUUAAAUUUAGAACUGAUAAACAGUACUAUUCUUAAACUAAAACCAGUGACUCAGUCAUCAAGAAGAUUUUUGCCUUCCCAUGGAUUUUCUUCCGUUAUCUUAGAGAAAAAGGAAGAGGAUAUCUUGACUGCACUGGAAAUCCUCUGUGAAAAUGAGUGUAAAGACACAGACAUAGAGAAAGAUAAAGCUAAAUUCCAAGAAUUUAAGACCUCAAAAGAGGAACACUUUUAUCGAGGUGGCAAAGUAUCCUGGUGGAACUUCUAUUUUUCUUCUGAAAACUAUUCUUCAGCUUUUGUCAAAAGGGAUAGUUAUGAAAAGCUUAAAGAUCUGAUACAAUGCUGGGCAGACUCUCCUAAACCAGUAUUUGCAAAAAUUAUUAAUCUCUAUCAUCAUCCAGGCUGUGGGGGUACUACAUUAGCUAUGAAUGUCCUCUGGGACUUAAAGAAAAACUUUAGAUGUGCUGUGUUAAAAAACAAAACAACUGAUUUUGCAGAAAUUGUAGAACAAGUGACCAAACUGAUUACCUAUAAGGCAACCAGCUAUGAAGACUACUUUCCUGUACUUCUCCUUGUGGAUGAUUUUGAAGACCAAGAAAGUGUUUAUGUCCUACAGAAUGCCAUUGAUUCCAUUUUAGCAGAGAAGGGCUUGAGAUAUGAAAAGACACUGGUAAUUAUCCUCAACUGCAUGAGAUCCCAGAAUCCUGAUGAGACUGCAAAAUUAGCAGACAGUGUUGCACUAACCUACCAACUUUCUCCCAAGGAACAAAGAGCUUUUGAGGCUAAACUGGAAGAAAUUGAAAAGGAACACAAGAACUGUGAAAACUUUUAUUCCUUCAUGAUCAUGAAAAGCAAUUUUAACAAAAACUAUAUAGAAAAGGUAGUCAGGAAUAUCCUAAAAGGACAGAAUGUUGACAGCAAGGAAGCACAACUCAUCUCUUUCCUGGCUCUACUCAACUCUUAUGUUACUGAUUCUACAAUUUCAGUGUCACAGUGUGAAAUAUUUUUGGGAAUCAUAUACACUAGUACACCCUGGGAACCUGAAAGCCUAGAGGACAAGAUGGGAGCCUAUUCUACACUUCUAAUAAACACAGAAGUUGCAGAUUUUGGGAGAUACAUAGGUGUGCGCAUCAUUCAUCCUUUGAUUGCCAUUUCCUGUCUGAAAGAACUGGAAGAAAGCUAUAAUUUGACUAAAUGUCAAAUUGCAUUGAAGAUCUUAAAUGAGAAUUUAUUCUAUAUUUCUGGAAUAGGAAGAGAAAAAUUUCAACAUGAUGUGCAAACUCUUCUGCUUACAAGACAGCGCAAGGAGUAUGGAGAUGAAACAGAUACUCUGUUUGCCCCGUUAAUUGAAGCUUUAAAGAACGAAGAAAUUGAAAAGGUUUUGGAGGCAGGGAGUAUUCGAUUCCCACAAAAUGCAUUCAUUUGUCAGGCCUUAGCAAGAUAUUUCUACAUUAAAGAAAAGAAUUUUAACAUUGCUCUGGAUUGGGCAAAUCAGGCCAAGAAGAGAGCAUCUAAAAAUUCCUAUAUCUCAGAUACACUUGGUCAAGUCUACAAAAGUCAAAUCAAAUGGUGGUUGGAUGAAAAGAAGAACUCCAAGGAUAUUACUGUUGAUGAUCUAACAUAUCUCCUGGAAGCUGCUGAAAAUGCCUCAAGAGCUUUCAAAAUAUCCCAAGAGCAAACUGAGAGGAAAGGUUAUGAAAGAGAGGGCUGGGCACCACAGAAGUUUCAAAGAAAAUAUGACACGUACAACACAGCCUGUUUCUUGGGUGAAAUUGAAGUUGGUCUUUACACUAUUCAGAUUCUCCAGCUCACUCCCUAUUUCCUCAAAGAAAGUGAAUUAUGUAAAAAAGCCAUGGUAGAAUUUUUAUCAGGAAAGGGAAUUACUCCCAUAAAUCCAAAAUGUGAAUAUUAUUUCGCUCUUAGCAAGUUCACACCCUACUUACAAAAUUUACAAUCAGAUUUGAAAAGGUGCUUUGACUUCCUUAAUGAUUAUAUGGUUCUUCUGGAAAUGAGGAACGCCCAAAAAGAAAUAGUUGAAAUCUCAUUAAGCAAAAAAGUCACUCGUUAUUUCAAGAAAUACAUGCAACUUUUCUGCCAUUUGGAUCUCAGUUCACUAGAGGGCAAAGAGAGUCCGUUUCUCCAAGAAGAGAAAUGCAGGAAAGGCUUAGAAGCUUUGAGAGCAGAUAGGUUUUCUGGACUCCUGGAAUAUCUUAAUCCCAAUCACAAAGAUGCUGCAAACAAUAUGGAAAAUAUAGUGAACAAUUAUUCUUUCCUACUGAAGCAAAACCCAAGUAAACAGAUGACAAAGGAGAAACUAAAUUUCAUUUUAGCCAACAUUAUUCUUAACUGUCUAAAACCCCACUCCAAAUCCAUUCAACCACUUACCACACUGAAAAAACAGCUCCGAGAAGUGUUGAGAGUCACAGUAGUAAGUCAUCAAUGUCCAGAUUCUUAUUUUUUGGCCUGCCUUCUGUUCUGGCCAGAUAACCAAGAGCUAGAUGAAGAUUCCAAACUAAUGGAAAAGUAUGUUUUAUCCUUAAACAGAACCUUCAAGAGACAGUACAGGAGCAUGUGCAGGUCCAAGCAGGCAAGCACAUUUUUUUAUCUGGGGAAGAAGAAGGGUCUCCACAGUCUUGUUCACAAGGCCGAGAUAGAGCAAUACUUCAGCAAAGUACAAAAUAUAAAUUCCCUUGGGCAGAGUGGUGACGUUUGGAAAAAAAAAGAAGUCAAAGACCUCCUGUGUCGUCUAACUGGUCAGGCUGAAGGCAAGCUAAUCUCUAUGGAAUAUGGAACGGAGAAGAAAAUUAAAAUACCAGUAACACCUGUUUAUUCAGGUCCACUCAGAAGUGGUGGGAACAUAGAAAGAGUAUCCUUCUACCUAGGAUUUUCCAUGGAAGGCCCUCUGGCAUAUGACAUAGAAGUAAUAUAAGAAAACAUAUUAACUCAAAUAUGUUUAUUCAUCUCUCUCUCUCUGAUUUUAUUCCCUCUCUCCAUUCCCAUGGCAUUUUAAUAACAUUAUUGGCUAAUCUGCAAUCACGGAUUCUGCAUUUAUCUCCCUGAAUGUAUUGCAAAGCUUUUCGAAGGCAUUAAGUAUAUCUAUACAGAAUUUGGUACACAGCAGAGUUGACUGUUCAGUGUUUUAAAUACACAUUUCAGAUGUAUAUUCAGUUGGUAUCCACUGGUCACAUCAUAACUGUCUAUAGGUCAAUAAAAUCUGUUUUGAUUAUAUCACUCAUGAA